CUGCGACGACGACGUAGCAGUUUCAGUAAUGGCGUCUAUGGCUGAGAUGCGCUUGGCUUCGGAAAAAUGAAGCGUAGAAGAACUUAUUUCUUUUAUUGAAAACGCGGGGUUUCCAUUAGUGAACUUUGCGUCGAAAGGCUGUGUCAUCUCCCGGAGGUUCGAGCUCUGAUACUAGUCCCUGUCGUACCGAGAUGAUGAAGCUGAAGUCCAACCAAACUCGCACAUAUGAUGGAGAUGGCUAUAAGAAAAGGGCCGCUUGCCUGUGCUUCAGGAGCGAGACCGAGGAGGAGGUGUUGUUGGUGAGUAGCAGUCGACAUCCAGACAAGUGGAUUGUACCAGGAGGGGGAAUGGAGCCGGAGGAAGAGCCCAAUGUUGCUGCUGUCCGAGAAGUUUGUGAAGAGGCUGGUGUCAAGGGCACUUUAGGAAGACUAGUAGGAAUUUUUGAGAAUCGAGAUAGGAAACACAGGACGUAUGUGUAUGUUCUCAUCGUAAAAGAAGUACUGGAAGACUGGGAGGACUCUGUAAACAUUGGAAGAAAAAGGGAAUGGUUUAAAAUAGACGAUGCCAUACAAGUGUUGCAGUGUCACAAGCCAGUUCAGGCCACCUACUUCGAGGCUCUACAGGAGGGCUGCCUGACCAGUAACGGGACGCCUCUAGUGGCCACGAUAGGUGGAGACCUUUCGCCCACCUACAACAUUAAUCAGAGCUCUGUCUCUGAUAUCAGAUAACUAAUACACAACACUGACACUCCGGAUGCUUCCGCCACCACUCUCGCUCUUAUUCUUUCAGUAUUUUUUUUUUCUCUCUUUGCGCUCUCUCUCUCUUUUUCCUUCUCUCUUUAAAACUGGUUUGCCUUGCCAACCCUUUUUGAGUGCCAGGAAGGUGGCACAAACAAGUGUUGGGUAAAUAUUCAAAAACUUGUUUUGUAAAUGUAAAUUGUUUGUCUCUCUACUCUGAUUUCUCACCUCCUCCCCUACAAACGGACAGUUGCAUGAAAUACUCUUUCCCCUCCUCGUCCUUUUCUCCCUUUAGCGCCCUCUACGUGGCCCAAGUGUGAGUUUAAAUGAAUGCAAGAACUACUUUUUACUGUUGUGAUGUAAAUACACAUAGCCUAGUACUUACGCUUGAGGCUUUUAAUAUUUUUAUGCGUUCAUUUUCUUGUAUGUGAGAGUGAGAGUGAGCACGUAUUAGUGUGCGAGUGAUCGUGUAUGGAUGUGUUUGUUCUCUGAACCACCCCACAGUGAGAAGGAAAUGCUUAGCUGCCUGAACAGAUGGAAAUGUGAGAAGUCAGUCGUUUUGCAUGAGCACUGAUAUUUAUUUGUCUUACGAGUUUGGGUGAUCUGAUGAAUGUUCAACCUGUAUUUGGUGUCGGUAGGUCUUUUGAGUAAUGUUUUUCUCCCCUUUUUGCCCCCUGUGGCAUUUUGUAAAUAUCUUGUGAGCUGAAGAAAUACAGAUGGCUGACUUACGCUUGUUCCCUGACUAGAGAGUGGAGCUCAAGUCUUUGAAUAUGCUGACUUUAAGGGGAUGGUUCAAACAAGCAGUUCACAUAGGCAUGCUAGCAUGCUAAUCGGUGUGUUUCAUGCCACUCUUGCGUCCGUUUAUUGUUGGGCCAUGUUAGCGUUUUUGCCUAGCGCAUCCAUCUAAGUCGGACUACCCUUUGGAACCUCAAUCAAAAGGCUGUGGGAGCAUAUGUGUGCUUUAUGUCGCCAGAAGAGAGUCCUACAUGUUCAUUAUAAUAUGAAGAGGUCCUUGAGGUUUAGCAUGUCGCUGCUGCUAUCUCAUGCAAGCCUCUAUUUAUUUCAGUGUUUUGAUGGUGUGCCAGUGAGAAAUGGUCUUUCAAAAAGAAAAUUUGCUAGUUAUUUCCUACAUUUCAAUGGCAAAACCACUAAAACCAGAAUUAUUUUGAAUGGCAAUGUCCUGGAAUUUAUGAUGUCUAGUUUGGCGACAGGUGGAUGUAACCAGAAGGUGUGGUAGAAAAGAAGCUCGGAUAGGCACAUAUCAAACUGUUUUCUCUUUUUGUUUUUAUUUAUUAGCAAGCAUCAAACUUCAAAUGGGCCCACUAUAACAUUUCUUUUUUCUUUCUUUCUUUUUUUUUUUGGAUCCAAAUUAGGUGGAAUACAAGUCAAAGACACUAGGCCACAAAAUUCUGCGUCAAAGCCCACUGGGUAAUUCUAAGUUCAGAAAGCUGAGGGCGCUUUUUUUGGUUUAGUCAAAGGAGUUCCUUUGAAUGUGUCCAACAGAAAACCCACACGCCUUAGUUGUCCCUCAAAUUGUUUUAAGCUUGUACAAAGGCUCAUGUCAACUGCAUGAAGGCACAAGUAGUUUAAUGCUGCCUCUUGUUUACUGUGGUUUUCAAUGGAAGAGUUGUAACUCAUACCGUGUUGAUCUGGGCAGAUGAAGGUGUUGCAUAGCCCUUAUUUAUAUCUAACAAUGAUCUUUGCAGUAGUCUUUUUUUUCUUCAUCUCUUAAGGGAAAUUGUUGAAUCCACAUCUUCAUUCAAGUGCUCCAUACCUGCUUGACAGCAAGAACUAACACUUUCUAACAUGAUGCAGAGCCAAACAAGGCUUGUACAGACGAGAGACCUUGUUUUAACAUGUAAAAAAGUGGUUUUGAUCUGUAAGCUUUUCCCUUCUCUUUUCCACUUUAAACCAUUUAGUAAGUCGUCUGAGCCAGGCUGCUUACCUGCCCUUCUGACGGCAAGCAGCAGUUGGCACAAUACUGUGAAUCUGGAGCCACUGUAGUUCGCCAUUUAUUUUUUCCUUUCUGCAUAGGUCAAACACAAAAAUACAAAGUACAGUAUGUGUGGUUUGAUGUUGGGUAUGGUACAGUGUGAGUUUCUGGUCAUUGGCUAUGGAACUGAUAAAGGUCCCAAGCAGGAUGUUUGAGCUGUUAUAGAGCAGACGUUCUCAAACGUCGAGUAUUGGCAGCAAAGUCACCUUUAUUUCUCUGAACAACUUUCAGCAGGAUUGUUUAUCCAGAAUUUAACCUGCACACUUAAAAAUGAUGGUUCUUCAAGGGUUCUUAAGUAAGCAAUUGGUUCUGUAUAGAACCAUGAACAUUCAAAGAGCCCAUUGCAUGAUUAAAGUGUUUUUUUGCAUUGUGAAUGGGUUCUUCAGAUUGAUGGAGAAUGUGCUGUAGAUGGUUCUAUAUAGCACCAAAAUGAGUUAUUCUGUAGUAACAAGCCUGACGUCCUAACAAUUGAAGAACCCAUUUUGGUGCUAUGUAGAACCAUCUACAGGACUCUGAAGACACGUUCAUGAUGCAAAGGACCCUUUAAUCAUGCAAAGUUCAUGAUUCUAUAUAGAAACAUUUUGUUUACCCUAGAACACUUGAAGAACCAUCAUUUUUGAGUGUGUAGAUAUUUUACCCCCCAGCCAGCAGAUCUGUUUUGUUGAGAUGACGCAUCAGGUUUGCCCCUAUAAAACAUCCUGAUUAGGACUUUGAGGCCCGAUUCCCAGACACAGAUUACGUCCAGUUCUAAAUGACACAAUCCUCUGAAUGGAGGUUCUCCAUUGAAAGGAAAAUGGUCCAGGACUUGCUUUAAUCCCUGUCUGGGAAACCAGCAACUCUGUGGGCUUGGUUAUUAGUGAGCAAAGAGCAAGUACAUUCAGGCAUAAUCUUAACAGAGGCCAUGGUUCAACUGAGUAAAUCCAAAUUUGUAAUGAUUUUGUUUACAUGGCUAGUCAAGUGCAGGUCUAUCCGUCAAACACUAAAAUCAUGAUUUAGAAGAUUACAUCGUCCUAUAGCUGGGUGGAUGGACUAGAUAAUAUUUAAUACAUAAUUUUGUUUAAUUGCUCAGAAAGUGCAACAUUUUUUAUGUUAUGUAUUUUAACUGCACAUAGCACAAUCACCUAUAGACACAUAAAACUGUAUUAUAAUUAAUUUCUAAUUUAAAACAAUCUCCUGUGCAGGGAGUAGCUCGAUUAUACGUGGAAUACAGCCAGCAUUUUUUCCCUAGUCCUUUCGCCCUCUCCAGAUUUGACUCUGCUUAUGCAGUCUUGAUUUCCGACCAAAAAAAAUUGAGUCCUACAAUUUGUUUGCAGAUCAAUGUCAAACUGUAGAAUUGACUAUGCUCAGUUACCCUAUUGCACCUUACUCUUACUAGCCCAGCAUAAUGCAUUAGACCCUGAAUGUAGACUUUCAAUUUACAUCAAAACACCAGCCUGAGUUUAGAUUUUUUUUAAAAGCCCUCAAUGUGUCACAUUUGAAAUUUGCCUGUUGUAGACUGUUGCCUGUAGAAACCAACACGGAGAAAAAAAACUGACAUCACUAAUUCAAUCCCUGAAGCUGUGACCCUUUUCUGUUUAACAAGCAUACCCUUCACUGGAACAUUUGCUUUGUGAUUUUGGGAUUGUGGAAUAUACCAGUAUGAGAAUGUAAUAUAAAUGUGCCAACAAAUAAACAUCAGUAUUUCACAUUA